CUAAGGAAAUGGGAUCGUUUACAGAGGCUGAGUUGAGAACUGAAGCUGGAGCGACGAACCUCAGCAGCAGUUAACAUGAGAUAAAACCAAGAGAGGCGGACAUGUGUGACUAGACCAGAAGCUGACAGCUGAAGCAUGGAUUUCCUCAGCCUGUUCGCUGCCUACGUGCUGCUGAUGCUCACGUGCAUCGUCCUGCUGUGUAAAUACUCAGGUCGACAGCAAAGUCCGUUUCUCAUCUUCUUCAACUUUAUCGUGAAGUUGGUCGCACCCAUUACACCAAAAUGGCUCCAGACGUUUUCACAGCGGACCUUACACAGGCUGUUCCAUCAAAGGAGCAACAUGUUCAUCUAUCUGCAUAUCCUCCUGGAGUGCGCUGUGUACGCAGAGUUCACCUAUGAGGUGCUUGGCUUCUGCAGGGAGAUGGACACCACUCUGGCCAGCCUGUCAGUGCCUUACAUCCUGCUGGCCGUCAAGACCUUCUUCUUCUACCUCUGCAUCAGGAGAGAUCCAGGCACAGUUACAGAGAAGAAAGUCGCUGGUCAGCAGCACGUCUACCCAUAUGACAGGAGAUUAUUUCACCCGGGGGUGUCCUGUCCGACCUGCCAGCUCAUCAAACCGGCUCGCUCCAAACACUGCAGGGUCUGUGACAGGUGUGUCCAGCGUUUCGACCACCACUGUGUCUGGGUGAACAACUGCAUCGGGGCUCAGAACACACGUUACUUCCUGCUCUACCUCUUCAGCGUUUGUGCCAUGGCAGGCGACAUCGCCUUACUGACGGCAGACAUGCUGCUCCACGCCGUUUUGCGCUCAGGGCUUCUGAGGGCCAGUUACAUCGAUGAAUUUGGUGAGCAGCAGACGGCCGGGCCUCUGUUUGUCGUGCAGCAUCUGUUCCUGACCUUUCCCCGAAUCGUUUUCAUGCUGGGCUUUCUGGUCUUUGUCUUCUUCCUGCUGGCGGGUUACGCCCUGUUCCAUUCCUACUUGGCUCUUGUCAACCAAACGUCCAACGAGUGGUACAAAAGUCGAGGUUCCGUCUGUCAGCACUGCCACCCGACGUCUACGUCAGACCACCUCUGCCAGCCAGCGCCAGACCACUCGAAAAGAUACUUCUACAGCCGAGGGCUUCUCGGAAACCUGGUGGAGAUUUUCUACCCACCGCAACCUGUUCAGAAAAAACACAACUGAAAAGAGACACUGCCCCUUGUUUUGUUAUGCUGCAUUUACUGUACGCCCCCUUGGGGUUUACUGUCUGACUGGAGUAAUAAAGUUUACAUUUGUGAUAUCUGUA